UGUGGUGUUUUCGUCGAUGUUGUUUGCAGUCAGUAAAGGCAAAUAGAGAACAGUCGUAGUUUUAAGUAUUAAAUAAUUCCAAAAUGUCGACCAUCGGCCUGCUGCACAAGUUUCAGUCUCGUUUAACGGAACGGUUUACCUAUGCCGCCAUGGAGAUAUUUAAAGAAGUGGAGCAUAUUGUUAGAGGAUACCAAGAGGAGAACGAGCGUUUGCGCUUCUUACUGUACAAUAGGAGAAACCCGCGCAUGAAUUCACCCAAUAUUGAUCAUAAUAGAUUCUCUAGAUCAGCCACGGCUGUCAGAGAGCAGCCACCUGAGCUAAACGCCCCUGUGGAGCCAGAAUUAUCAGAGCCACUGACUAAACUACCUAAAAUGGAACAUAAAGAUACACUUGAGCCGUUUGCCAAUAUACCCGAAGAUGAGCAAACAAAAGAAUCCAAGCCACUGGCGAAUAUACUCAAAGAGGAGCUAACGGAAAUAUCAGUGUCACCUGCAAUGGUUUCGAAGUCAGUGGCCAACGUAUCCAUUGAACAGCAAAUUGAAUAUGAUGGCUGCUUGGCACCAGAACGAGAAAGCGAACAAACAGACAAUUGCAUCACGGUAGAGUGUUUUAAAAGUGAUGCCAAAGAGGAACACACUGAAAGGGGUGACAUCACUGCCUCACUCCGGGAUAUGGCUUUGGGAAACUUCACCACACCCACUGAACGCUUUCGGUUGAGCAGUAGUGAGGGAAUCUUAAACAAAGACCUGGGACCGCUGGAACUUCAAAAGAACUCAUACAAAAAGAGGAGUACCAGGGAUGACAGGCCAAAGAGGAAAAAUGUGAUGACGACCAUAGCACUGAAAAAGGAACUUAUCGCCAAGUGGGAGUGUGGUACACGUGUCUCGGACCUGGCUAUUCAAUACAAUAUGGCUAAGUCAACAAUAUCAACAAUACUGAAGAGAAAAGAAGCCAUCAAAGCUGCUGAUGUGGCAAAAGGGGUCAAAACACUUAGUAGCAGAAGAAGCGAUAAAGUGGAAGAGGUGGAAAAAGUUCUGCUUGAGUGGAUUACCCAUAAACAGUUGAGGGGCGACACAGUGUCAGAGACCCUCAUAUGUGAUAAGGCAAGGGAGCUGCAUAACGCCCUUACUCGAGACAACCCUGGGGGCAGUGCUGAUGAGUUCAAGGCCAGUAAAGGGUGGUUUUGCAAAUUUAAAAAGAGAAGUGGAAUCCACGGUGUGCUGAGGCCUGGGGAGGCUGCCAGGGCGGAAAAGGAAAGCAACAACAAAUUUGAGGAUGAAUUAGAAGACUUUGUUGACAACCAGGGCUUUCUCUCCUAACAAGUUUUUGUGAUGAAACUGGAAGGGAAGGCCAAAGAAGACCUACAUCACAAGAUAGAGAAGACCAGCCAAGGAUAUAAGGCUAUGCAAAUAAGGCUGUGGGGUGCUAUCAGUGAGGACUGCAAAAUAAAAAUACUGCUAGUGUACCAUUCCAGAAAACUCAAAGAGCAUUUGAAGAAAAAUAUUCUUCUCAAGAAGCUCUGCACAAAAGGUGACCUUUUUUAUAAGGUGACCUUAGACAUGUUUUUUAAAAAAAAACAACUACUUGAGACUUUGGGACCAGUUUAAUAUCCUCCAGUGCAUUAGGAGAUCAGAGAUAAAGCCUGGAAACAAGCUACACAAAGGGCAGUGUAAUCUGAAACUGAGGCCAGCCUCUCUAGUGUCCAGAGAUUUUAAAGGCGUCGAGCAAGACCAUUCACUGAUGUAGUCCACGGACCUGGAGAUGGACAAAAUGCGGUGCACACGGUCGUUCUGACCAGUCUUCACAGGGAAAGAAAAUUUACGAAGGAACUUUGUGAGGAGGAGGAGGACGAGUAUGCAAGCAAAAAGGGCAUCAUUCCUUCUGCAGAAGGCUGCGGUCCUUUUGUGUACCCUUACAGCGCAGUCUCGUCUUCCAGGAUGCCAUCGUCACCCCUCAUCAAAGUUAAGAUACCAGAAGACUGACCACAGGAGACAUUCCAGAAGUUUGCAAGGAGGAAGCCCGACAAAUCUUAAAGUUGUUGGCACUGCAUCACCUGGAGAGGAGCACUUUUUUUGUGCUGUCGCAAUACAGUAUGUGUGUCAAGCAGUCGCUCUGUGAUUUGGUUAUCCACCCACCCAAGCAAUACAUAGCUGGGGUCCCUGCCUGGCUGCUUGGUGUAGAACCUUAAAGAAGAUCCAAGUUUAGAAAACAGAACUAAACGCCUGAAUGAACAAAUACUGUAGGUAAGGUUACCUAUAAACUCAAAACGCAUGGUCAGUUUGUCACAAGCCACGCCAUUUACCGGUACAUUACUGUACUUGAUUUAAUCAUAUCUUGAAGCAACGGAGGCAAAGUGGAGUACUUAGCUGUAAUGAGGCACUGUUGAUUUAGUCUCAACUAAUUUACAAUGAAGUUGAGUUUGAGUUUUUUUUUUUUCAGUAAAUUCCCAUCUCUGGUGCUAUAAGUUUCUGGUGUUGUGCAUACUCACGGACCAGCCACAAUAUUAGGAGCAAUUGCACAAUCUAUGUAAAAUGCUUUAGUAAUUGCCUUUAAUGUAUAGUAUUGUGUAAGAAACAUUAUGACCACUUCCACAAUUUAUGGGUUCAUUCCCAGCUAUUGAAAGUUUGUACAUUUUGCAAAUAAAUCACAUUUACAAUAGGAGUUCAAUCAUUUUGUGUGCAGCUGUAUACUGGCGCUUGUAGUUGUCGGUUCCUCCAAAAAUAUGAUAGGAAGUGUAUUUAUUACCAUAAAAACAUCAUACAUUUGAUGUAGUCGAUGUUAUUUAUAUAGCACCAGUUCAAAAUAGAAGUUACCUUGAGGUGAUAUACACACGUAGUUGUUUAGAACCACAUCUCAUACAUUAAAGAAAACUAACAGAACCCCACCUUGACUCGGUGUGAGGUGGCACUCUGCCUCGACCGUUGGGUUUGUGCUACAAGAGAAAAGGAUAGACUGUACAAGUCACAAUUAUUGCGUCACUAACCAGCAAAUGUAACUGACAUGCUGUGGUAUUUUCACAACGAUAUUAUUGCUACUGCAGAAAAAAGAAGUACACUGUAGCGAAUAAAGAUGUGCUGCAAUGGCUUCACACUUGAAAGCAGGGCAGUAACAGACCACCAGGGUAUCACAGUUGACUCGUCUUCAUGAAAUAUGACUAAAGUAAGUAAAAACAGGACAUUGAAACUGUUGUACGUAAGCACCAACAUACAGUGUCGUUUAUUUGACAGGACUGAAGGUGGGUGAUUGCUGGAAAUUGGAAAACAAGUCUCAAUUCGCACACUUACACUUAGCAUUUUGAGUGCAUAAGUAGUAGUAGUACUUUAUUAAUCCCAUAGCAGGGAAAUUCACCUGUUACAGCAGCAAGCAAGAUACACAAGGAAAGAAUGCAUAGUGACAUAGUGAAUACAAAAAGGUUCAGGUGUUGUAGAGCC